CCUCCGGAGCGGGCGCAUCCUCAUCGGACCGGCGCUGUGAGAAAGAAAGGUGUUAAGACAAUGAUGGCGCUACUGACUGCCACCCCUUUCUAUCACUUCAACACAACAGAGGGCGCUGAAAAAAAUCUCUCUCUGUAUGGCAACGAGGACGACUAUGAUUACACAGACGAUCCCGACUACACGGACGAGCAUGCUGAGUUGAGACAGUCUCUCAACAUCAUGUCUCUCAUCGUUUACUCCCUGGCCUUCGUUCUUGGCGUACUCGGGAACGGCGUGGUGAUCUGGGUGACCGGCUUCAAGAUGAAGAAAACAGUUAACACAGUUUGGUUCCUCAACCUUGCUGUGGCUGACUUCCUCUUCACGGCAUUCCUGCCUCUGAGCGUGACAUACACAGCUUUGGAUUUCCACUGGCCCUUCGGCAAGUUCAUGUGCAAGCUGAACAGCACGAUAAGCUUUCUGAACAUGUUCGCCAGCGUCUACAUUCUGGUGGUGAUCAGCGUGGACAGAUGUGUGUCUGUGGUGUGGCCCGUCUGGGCCCAGAACCACCGAAGUGUACGCAAGGCAUCUUGUGUGAGUCUGGGUGUUUGGGUACUGGCUCUGAACCUCAGCGCGCCGUACUUCGUCUUCAGGGACACGGCUCCAUCGUACGAAAAUGAAGACAUCAUCAACUGUUUCAACAACUUUGCUCUUUCUGAUGAUAACGACACGCUGUCUGUGAAACAGCUGUGGCAGAUUCGUCACCAGGCCAUGAGCAUCACUCGCUUCCUCCUGGGAUUUGUUGUCCCCUUCACUGUCAUCGUCUCAUGCUAUGCUGUGAUAAUCCAUCAUCUCAGGAGGAACCGCACCCUGGCCAGCCAGUCAAGUCGCCCCUUUAAGAUCAUCGCUGCCGUUAUCACCACCUUCUUCCUGUGCUGGGCACCUUAUCAUAUCAUGGCUCUAAUCGAGUUGGUAAACCACAUGACUAACCAUGAAAGUGAAAUAUUGGACCAUGUCAUCACUAUCGGAGUCCCCAUAGCAACCAGCCUGGCCUUUCUCAACAGCUGCCUGAACCCUCUGCUGUACGUAUUCAUGGGUCAAGAUUUCAAAGAUAAAGUCCGCAAAUCCAUCCUGAAUGUGCUGGAGAACGCCUUCCAGGAGGAGGUGUCUCGCUCUUAUACCUACACAAACUCAAUGAUCACCACUCGGAGCAAAGAAAAGUCCUUUUCUGACGCUGAGGUAUAAGCUUGUCCAUGAUAAUCAAUACUGUAACUGUAAAUGUAACUGUAUAUAUCCCUCUUUAUUGUUUUUUUUUAUUGUUUAUUCACGUAGCCUUGAGGAGAUCUGGAAAGGGGACUCCCUCAUUACUCUGUAUUUUUCCUGGAUAGGCCUGGUUUUGCACCCGGAAAUUAAUAAUUUGCCUUGUGAGACUGUUUAAGUGGUUUUGUGAAAAGUUCUCUGCUGGAAAAGAGUUUUGUUUUAUGGCUUUAGUUAGAAAGACAUUUUUUGUUUUCAGCUAUCUAAAAUAAUUUCCCACUUUCAGUUGCAGGAUUAGGCAACACAAUUACUUGGUUAGGUUUAGGCAGGAAAACUAAUUUGUCAGAAUUAAGCAAUAAAAGUACUUGUCCCACACUAGUCUUGGGAAGGAUCACGGUCUGAAUUAAUAAAUCGUGAUUCACUUUUGGUUUCACAAGGGACAGGAGCAGCGAUGGUCACCAACAAUAAAAAUCAUCUCUGAUUGAUGUUAAGAUUGUAGAGGCACCCAUUGCAUCAGGCACAAAACCGGGAGUCCCAUGUGAAAACAUAACCUCAGAUUGUUUUCUGGUACAGUAUGUGUUUCAUGAUUGGUUUACUGAUGGGGUGUGGAUAAGAGUUGUGCCUCCUAACUUCACCCAAGGUACUUCCGGCAUGGUAGAGCAGACAGAUGGUAACUUUAUACAGGUCACUGUAAUUCUAUUAGUGAUGCAUUUUGGGGGAUAAGCCAUUGUGAAAUUAGUGUUUUUAUUUUUGUUUUGUUUUUUGUAUUGUAUUUGUAUUAUGUAUUUAUGUACACUGUUAAUUUUAAAAGUUUCCUCUAAAACAGUCAGGAAAUGGAUUACCUCAGAAUUACCGAGGAAAGUAUACAGUUACAUUUACGUUUUACAAGAUAAGAAGUUUGAAUAAUUUAUCAAUUACAAGUCUGCUUUACUAGGCAGUUUUGAGGUAAUCUGUUGCUUUUUGAAAAUAAGAUCACUUUGUCAGAUUGUACAGUUGAGGCCAUAUCUAAUCCAAAGAUUGCUUUACAAUUUAAACAGAAAGAAAACAGAAACCCAGAUGGCCAGAAGGUGACUUUAUUCAUCUUUAGAGAUGUGUAAUAUACUGUCUUAACAACAAAAAGCUUUCAAUAGAGGUGUUACAUUAGUUUCUAGAUAUAUCCUUGCAUCUACAGUUUUUUUUGUUUUUGUUUUUUUUGACAAACUUUAUGUUUUUUUUCCAUCACAUACACUCAUACAGAUCUUCAUUAUAAUGUGUCGGCAAAAAAAAACAAGCAACUGAGUUCCCAGUUGUUUAUUGGCUAUAUUUGUAGACUGACACUAAUCAUUAGAAAGACUGCAACACCCUAAUAACAUAGAAAUAAGGCUAGUUUGACAAACAACACCAUGCCUUUCUUGCCUUAUAAUGUAUAAUAAUAGCAUACAUCAUGCUAGGAGAGUUUUACCUGAAUUAAUAAUCAGUCACUGAUUCCAUUAUAUGUCUUUUAUAUGAUAAACUGACCACCUGACAGUGGCCACAAAGGCAAUCUUUGGAUACAAAGGGAGAGUGAAGCAAUCAGCUGCACUACUAGACUAGUGGUCUAUUUAGUCAUUUCAUAAAGUUGAUCAAUGUCUGGUGUAUUAUUUUUCUUAUGCCAUCUGCCAUCUGGCAACACUGUAGAAGCUGAUUCAACUGACUGCUACGUGUCUACUGCAUGCUACAUGUUAUUUACAUUAGUUGUGACGGGUUAAUGUAAGCCUAAUACAUAUGAUAGUGACUAUGAGAUUAUAAUGCUUUAAGUAGCAGUUGCAGUGUAUUCUUGUUUUGUCUGGUCUUUGCUCAUUGUUAGCUGUUUUGGAGGGGAUGUGUCUGUGGUUAUACCCUAAGUAAAUGCAUAUUGUGCCAUAAUCAGAUAAUUGUUAUGUAUCAUUUUUUUCCCUGUGUUUCUGUUUAUAUCAAGACAAAAAUCAAGAAUUAUUUUCAUGAUCUGGCAGUUUUAUUCUCAGUUUGCUCUGAGUUUAUUGUAUUAUUUACAGUCUAUUAGAACAGAUUGUGUAACAAUAAUUGUUCUUCCCAGUUUCCCAGAGUCCAGGGAGAAUUCUUCAAGUGUGUUGUUUUCUCCAGCCAACAGUUACACACCCAAAGAUAUACAGUUUUCUAUUUAAAAAUGAAUACAUAAAAAGAUCAAUAAAAUAUUCACAAGUUAGCAGCUAGAUCCACUGAAAAAAUUUAAGGGAUCAACCAGUUCUCAAAGUGUUUGCUGUUGAUCAGUUAAUCCAGUGGAAGGAAUUGAUGGCAUACUAUGUACUGGCAUAUGUGGUAUAUGUGAUAUAGCAUUAACCUUGCUAUAAAAGCUUUAUUAGCCUUAUGUGUAAACAAUGUAAAUGAUGAUUUGAUUUGUUAUUGUUGUUGCUUUUGUUGCUGUUGCUGUUGCCAUUGUUAUUGUUGUUGUUGUUGUUGUUGUUAUUGUUGUUAUCGUUGUUGUUGCUGUUGUUGUUGUAAAGCCCUUAAUGGCCAGCUGUACUUAGAGUCCAUAAAUGUUAUAUAAUAAUAAUGAUGACGGUUAUUGUG